AUGAAUAAUGGAGAUGUUUUUGGUGGCAAAUUCGAUUACGGGCAAUAUGAUGGCAAAGGAAUAUAUUUAUAUAACAAUGGUGAUAUAUAUGAAGGAGAUUUAAAAUAAAACCUAAAACAUGGAAAAGGGACAUACUAUUAUCACAAAUAUAAUUGUCUAUAUAUAGGAGAAUGGAAAGACAAUGUAAAAGAAGGUUUUGGUCAAUUAAUAUUAAAUAAUAAUGAAAAAUAUGAAGGAUAUUUUAAAUAAAAUAUCAAAUGUGGAAAAGGUAUAUAUUAUUUCAAAAAUGGGGAUAAAUUUAAAGGAGAAUGGAUUUACGAUAAAAAAUGCGGUUUUGGUACUCUGAUUUUUAAAAAUGGAUCUGUUUUUUCAGGAAAUUUUUACGAUGAUAAUCCCUAUGGAUAGGGGUAAAUGAAAUUUCUUAAUGGCGAUACUUACAAGGGAAAUUAUGAGGAUGGAUUUAUGGAAGGAUAUGGAAUUUAUAUACAUUAAGAUUAGUAAUGUUAUAUAGGAGAUUUUAGAAAUAAUUAAGAAGAUGGGGAAGGGAUGUUUUAUUUUAAAAACGGAGACUUUUACUAAGGACAUUUCUUAAAUGGAAAAAGAGAUGGGUUUGGAAGAUAUAAGUAUAAUGGAUCUAAUGUGGUAUAUGAAGGGCAAUGGAAAAAUAAUAUAAAAGAAGGACAAGGAAGCUUGUUUUAUAGGAAUAAUUGUGUGUAUUAAGGAACCUUUUUGAAUUCUAUGAAACAUGGCAAAGGUAAAUAUACUUAUUCGAAUUAAGAAUAUUAUGUGGGAGAUUGGGAGUUUGGAAAAAGAAGUGGAUUUGGAUUCUAUUUUUUUUAAGAUGGAAGUUAUUAUGAAGGGGAAUGGAAAAAUGAUUAGAUUUUUGGAAGAGGAAGCUUUUUUAAAAAAAAAGGAAAUUAAUUCCAAGUAUAUAAAGGAUUAUGGGAUAAUAGCAAUUUUGUAAAGGAAGAAGUAGAAGAAUUAUGA